CAUUGCCAUUGUCAAUAUUCUUAGCGACGACAAAAUAAAUAAAACAAAUCUGUCCAUUUAAAAAUUUCUAUAUAAACCCCCAAAACUACGCUUACUUACAACAAUUUCUAAAAUAUCUCAAAACCUCUGAAAAAAAAAAUUUUCUUUCGUUUCCUCAUUUAGAUUUAGUACUACUAUCAUGUCUGGCUAUCCUCAUCCUCCCGCCGGUUACGGCUACGGUGGGCCACCACCGCCUCAGCAACCACAGCCAUACGGAGCCUCACAACCCUACGGUGCACCAGCUCAGCCAUACAGUGGACCGUCAGCUCCGUACGCCGCACCUUACGCACAUCCACCUGCAGGCGAUCACAACAAACCACCAAAGGAGAAACCUCAAUCUUCCAGCGGAUACGGCGGCGGAUAUCCACCGUCAUCGUACGGAAGUCCGUUUGCGUCGCUGGUGCCGUCGGCUUUUCCUCCGGGAACAGAUCCUAGCGUGGUGGCGUGUUUUCAAAUGGCGGAUCAGGAUGGGAGUGGGUUUAUUGAUGAUAAAGAGUUGCAGAGAGCACUCUCUAGCUAUAAUCAGAGCUUUAGUUUGAGAACUGUUCAUCUUCUUAUGUACCUUUUCACCAACUCCAACACAAGAAAGAUUGGACCAAAGGAAUUUACUCAAGUGUUUUACAGUCUUCAGAAUUGGAGGUCGAUUUUCGAGAGAUUUGAUAGGGACAGGAGUGGCAAAAUUGACUCAAAUGAGCUGAGAGAGGCACUCUAUAGUUUAGGAUUUGCUGUCUCACCAGUUGUUUUGGAUUUGCUCGUCUCCAAGUUUGAUAAAACUGGUGGCAAAAGCAAAGCCAUUGAAUAUGACAAUUUCAUCGAGUGCUGUCUAACUGUGAAGGGUCUGACUGAAAAAUUCAAAGAGAAGGACACUUCAUACUCUGGUUCAGCCACUUUCACUUAUGAAGCUUUCAUGCUAACUGUUCUGCCAUUCCUCAUAGCGUAGAGUUAAGGGUUGCAAGUUCUUGAAGAUUUUCUGGAUUGUGGGUUUGGAAGCUUUUUCUGGGUUUUAUUUAUUUUCUUUUAGUUAGACUUUGAUCUCUGCCCUUGUUUAUUAAAAAUAAACACGUGCUUAGUUUUUAUUGUAAUCUUCAAAGAGUUUAUUGAAUGUUAGUAUGCAGGUUAUUUUCAAUGUUGUAAAUUAAUUUGCAUUUGACUUCUGAAUUGUAACCAUUGUCAUUCAUACACUAUUAUAAUGGUGCUGAAUUCCGGACGGAUCA